GAGGAGAUAGGAAUGAGGGGAGCGAGGGUCUGGGCUGUGAGAAGCAUUUGAUGUGGCCUGCCUCUUUUCUCUUUGUGCUGUAAAAAACAGUUCUUGGAAUCGGGUGUUGUUUCUGCUUCUCAAAGCCUCACAGCUGAGCCAGAGUCAUGCUAUCAGGAACAAACAGAUAUCUGCUCAUGCACACAGAGACACAUGCUGCUGCAGAGAUGAGCAUGGGCAAGUUUUCAGAGGUAACCUUGGUCUGGAAUAGGAGACUUUGAGUCUGGGGAUCUUGUUAAGAGGGAGACGGCACAAUGGCACAGAUGGCCAGAGGAUUCACCAGCUGACCACUGAGGAACAUCAUCAUGAGUGCCUGGCCAGUAAAAAACAAGUCAACUGCAACUUUUCGGUACCAACAACUUAGAUUCUCCAGUUUGACUGGCUCACUUGGUAUAACCAAAAACAAACAAACAAAAAAAACAAAACAAACAAGAGUAGAGAGAAUAACCUCUUCAGUAACAGCCAGUAAUCACUUUAUCCUGAGCAUUAUUUCAUGGAAUCUAUUAGGAGACAAGGCUUUUAUGCUGCUAUGGGACACUUCUUACCACUAAUGUUGCUGUUAAACUUUUUUAAGUUUUCUACACAAAUUUAAUGAUAGUGUAGAGUCUACAGUUAAAGAUAUUUGUUGUACUUUUCCCCCGAUAAAAUCCUGAGUAUUUCAUGUCCUGCAAAUAUAUUGUUCUGUCUAUUUAUAUCUUGCACAUGUCUAACACUGUCAAGUAGUUGCACAUUAAGUAGUCUUGUGUAACAUGCUACUGUAUUGUGUGUUGAACCACUGUCCAGAAGAAAAGGCAUUUAAUUCCAUUUUGUUUUAAGGAGCAAGGACAAUAAAACCCACUUCAUUUGACUGAACAGGGUUUUGGUGGAGCAUGUCUUAAAAACACUGGUGCCUGCCAGAAAUACACCCUGUGUGAGACAACAGUCUAUUGCAGAUAUACAGAUACUAAAUAUCAUAAAUAUUAGUCUAGUGAAUAAAACCCCCAAAAAACAGAGGAGGGCCAACCCAGUUUUAAAUUUUAAUGAUGGAAUGAUCUCAGUAAAAUACUAGAAACUUAAAAAUAUCCUAAUGUCAAGUACCUAUCAGGGACCCACCUAUUGCCUCUGUACCAGAUUCUGUCCAUCUCAGAAACGAACCAUGAAAGUGUUGACCUGUUUGUGGACACGUUCAGGAAAAAAAUGUGCUGAUUGUGCUGCAAAACGUCCAAUAAAGAUAAAAUGACAUUUAGGAAGCUAUAGAAGUUGUUUGUCUUCAUCUUUGGUACCUUGAAUUUGUUUAGCAAUGUGCUUAGAGCAUUAUCACGUGGGAACUUCAUAAGUCAGUCUUGCUAUCUGGUUCUGGAACAUGCUGUAAUAUUAUUUUGCUAUUAUAAAACCAUCUUAGAUGACUGCUCAAAAGAAAGUUGUGUGUGAAAGCACAUAUGAAUGAGAUGGAUGUGUUCUCUCCUCCCUCCUAACAACUCUCUUAAUGUCUUUUAAAACAUAACAGCUUCAGCUUUUUAAAUUUACUCUUAGAUUUAGUGCUUGUUUAUGAUUGUGUAAUGUUUAGUGAAGCUUCUGAAGCAUCAGGAUUGAUUUUUGGAUAUACCUGCUGUGUAACAUACUUUUUUAAGUAUUAAGUAUUUAAGUUUUUAAGUAAAUGCUGUAAAUCUUAAGUUAUAUGAGUGAUGCCUAUCAGGGAUGUGAAAUGUUUGUGUAAUUCUACUUUGUUACUAAGUAUGUAAUCAUACAGUGUAUCAUAUCUUUCAAUAUGAAGCUCUGGAUUCAUUACAUCUGCAUAUCUAACGAUACAGUACAUUCAAGUGACUCCAUAAUAAAGUAGGCAAAAGUAGGCUUCCCCAAACUGUUGCUACAAAGUUUGAAACACAAAAUUGUCAAGAAUGUCUUUGUAUGUUCUAGCAAUGAGAAUUCACUUUUACUGGAACUAAGGGCCCCAAACUUCUUCCAUCAGGACAGUGCCCCUGUGCGCAAAGCUAGGUUCAUAAAGAAAAUCGAGUGUACACACAAAAUCGAGUGUAAAUCCUUCCCAGAAGAGUAGAGGUUAUUAUAACAGCAAAGGGGGACUAAAUUUAUAAUGGGAUGCUCAAUAAGCACAUAUGGGUAUGAUUGGACAGAUGCCCAUGUAAUUUUGGCAGAGAUGGAAACUCGAGUCUGCGAGUUAAGUCGCAAAAAAAAAAAAAAAGAUUUGCGACUUGACUUGGACUCAUGAACAACUGACUUGAGACUUGAGUCAUUUUGGUUUGGCAUUCCUGAUUACAUUCUCUCUUUACUACCCCAAAUGACAGCAUCAAACACCACAUUCCUCAUUCAUUCAUACCCUAUCAGUAUGUCCUGCAUCCCGCAACUUGAGAUGAUGUCCCGCAUUUUGAUUGAAAAUGAAAAGUUUUAACAGACUAAGUGUGGAAGCAGGGGUGCGCUCCAGUGCAAUGGAGCGCCAUUUGUGAAUGGAGGGUGGAGCCAGAGAAGGUGAGUGGUAAGGAUUAUACACCUGCGGGGAAUUACAGUAGGCCUACUGAAUGUUCUGUGUUGCAGUGAGCCGAGGCGAGAAUAAAAACGGGAGAGACAGGUGCCUCGAAAGACAGAGAGAGACGCGUGUGCAUGCGCAUGUGUCUAUAAAAUAAAACCGCUGAAAAGCAAAAGUAAAAGGUAAAGAAUACAGUGCCUUUUGAGUUGUCAUCCAAUGGCUGUGAAAAAAGUAUUGAAGCCAUAUAAAUCCUUUUUGUCCCACUUAAUUUUGUCAUGCUGUAAUGUUUCUCUUUGUUGUAUUGUUUGAUACAAAAGACAUAAAUAUAAAUAAAUAUAAAUGGGCUGAGUGUACAUGUUUCUUAUGGUAGGCCUUUUGGUGACAGAAAUUUGUCCCUCAUUGUCCCACACAAACUUACUACAUGCCCCACAUUUGGUCCAUUUCCAUCUGGUCACCCUACUCCAAAGGGCACUUUGAAGGGAGAGUAAUCAAACUAGUCAUGCUGUAAAAUUGCUUCAAACUGAAUUUCCAAUAAAAAUGACUUAAAAUUGAGUUCAGAGUGACCAUUAUUUUUGAGCGCCACACCUUUUAGCCUUCCAAAGCUCACAUAUUGGAUGGUAAAGUGAAAGAACUAUUGCUAAAAAUAGAACAAAGACUUGAGAUUUGACUUGGACUUGGACUUCAGGGACUUAUGAACAUAUCUGACUUUUGGCAAUACAGUGUACUUCAUAAAAAAAAUAUUUUGGUCAUCUCACAGGUUUUGACAUAUGCCUUACAGAAUUUCUCCAGUAUAUCUUAGGCUCCAUCAAAACUUAUGAAUAUGUUAUGAAGGCUCAGAAUAGGUAACCUUCAGAUAAAUUGUUACAAACUCUUUUUAUGAUUCUGUAAAAAAAAAAAAAAAAAAAAAAAAACAUGAAAAAAUAAAGAAUCCGAGAAUGAAAGAAGGUUAUGUAGAACUAUUUUAGCAAGUUAAAGAACCUGUAAAAGAACCAAUUAACAAAAAAUCAUGACACUGAGGGAUUCUCUAAGGUCUAAAUUAUAAACAUCUAGGUAACACCAUAUCUUGUCAUCAACAUCAAAUCAGUCUUAUGCAAAAUUCACAAGAAUUAUAAAAAGUGAAAGCGGUUUUGUUGGAAUUAGUACAAAGGAAGGUUUUUUUUUUUGAUAGUAAAAUGACAGUCUUCUCUAGUAAUGAACAAAUGAACAUUGUCCAAAAGUGCAUUGUGUUACACACAGUUACAGAAAUUUACUGUAAUUGUACUCAGUUUUUACGGGUAGAAUUUCAUGAAGUAUCGACAAUUAGAAACUUCAGUUGUAAAAAGAAUAAAAUGCAAAAGUUGUAUGUAAACAAAGUGUGAUGAAAGUGAUUUGUCCUGUGUGUUUGUACAGUAUAUGUGUGUGUCUGCAUUGCAGGUGUUCAUGGGAUGUCUGUAAAGCUGCAAUUUGAUUGUCCAGCAGAAGGUGGCAUGAUGCAGAGGAGUUGCUCCUUCACUGGAGUCAACACACUGACUGGCAGACAAAGGCUAUCUUCUGCUCGUACUUCUCUGCGCACCAAAGGCCUUGCAGGAAAAUCUACAAGAAUCCCCACUUCUAUUCAGGUGGUUGGCAGUAUUUGGGGACCGCAGCCUGAGCAGGUGGACAGAGUUUUUCAAGCUUUACAGAAAGGACUCAAGGAGUAUCUUGAAGGCCAAAAGAUAGAGCUUGAAUUCCUCUCAUCUCAGCAGAGAAACACUAUAAGAAAUACAAGACUGGCUUUUUUCUAUGACUUAGAGAAGGAAAUAAGAGCCUUGGAACGAUACAUACGGCGACUGGAGUUCCAAAUUAGUAAGGUAGAAGGGUUGUAUGAGACAUAUUGUAUCCAGUGGCGAUUAUGUCAAGGAGCUGUUAAUAUGAAGCAAGCAUUUUCACUCUCUCCAUCCACACGGGCAUCACAAGAGAGUCUACUGCAGCUGAACCGCAAUCACAGACACAGCUUGGAGGAUAUGUGUGCAAUGGAAGGGGAGUUGGAGAUUCUAUUGGGAGAGCUACAAAUAAAAAUGAAAGGUUUGAUAGGCUUUGCUCGUCUCUGCCCAGGGGAUCAGUAUGAGGUGUUAAUCCGGCUGGGACGACAGCGAUGGAGAAUCAGAGGGCGGAUCCAGACUGAUGACAAACAGCUGUGGGAUGAAGAGGAAAUGGUUUUCCUCCCUCAUAUCCAUGAGAGCUUUGAGAUCAAGGUAACAGAGGUGAAGGGGCUGAGCACCAUCUUAGUUGGAAUGGUGACAUGUAAGUGCGCAGACUUCUACAUUCCACAUCGACAAAUGAUGGUUGUUGACAUUACGGAACUGGGAACCAUCAAACUCCAACUGGAGGUAGUCUGGAAUCCUUUUGACACUGGCGUGGCGAAGAAUCUGAAGUCAUCUUCCAGUCGGCAAUCUACCCACAGAAGGAAUAGACCGUCCAUGAUGCGCCAGUUUCAAGAUGGCUCUUUCUCUGUUGGCUCACAUGAAUCCAGGGGUGUGUCUCUGCAUAGCUACCUGUCUGACUCUGCCCAAGUACUCUCUCCAUUUGUCUAUGAAAGGCCCAGUCAUCCUCCAAUCUUGCGUUACCUUUCCAUGGAUUGUCAGUCAGUGGAUGAUGACCUUUUACAGACACCCAUUGGAGAGUGUUACAGCACUCCUGACAUUCUUCAGCAAAAUAGUGUGGUGGCUACCAACCAAGAAGUGAAGCCAGUGAAGUUGAAAGUGGCUACAGAUUAUCUCAUACGAGAGGAGGACGUAGGUGUUGAGGAAAAGCCAAAGGCCCUAGUGAUGGGUGUAGGGAAUUCCCAAAGAAGAGCAGUGGCCAUGAAGGUUGGCCUGGUGCAAGCACAGGUUGCUACUAUUUUGCAGGAGAUGAGUUUUGCCAAGGCAGAGAUAAAGCAUCUGAGUCUACAAAUACAGCAGCUUAACCACGUCUUAAAGAGGGACAUCUACAUUCUUCAGACCUCCUCUAGUGAUGAACUAGAUAUAGAGGAAGAGGAAGUGCUGGGCAGUUUUGACUUUCUGUCCAUUGACUUCAACAUGGAUGACAACAACUCCUGCAUAAGUAGCAACAGACUCAUGGACACUAGGUUCAAAGGGAGCACUGUGACAAGCCAGGAGGGGAUGUCAGAAGAUACAGUACUAUUGUCAGAAGAGCAACAUACAGGGCACGUAGCAAAAAGAACAGACAGUGAGGACAGAAGUCCACUUAGCACUGGGGAGUACACUCUGGAUCAAGCCUUGGAGAUCCACCUCAAUAUCUGUUUUGAACUUCUGAGAGCACUGAGGGUAUCUAAUUUGGAGUACGUGCAACAGCAUAUAUUGGAAGAACUAUCACGUCAAAAUGAAGUGCUUGAAAAAAUUACCACUUUUACACAGAGGAAGACUCAUGAUAUCUCAGCAACAGAUUUGUGGUCUGGGGCACCAAAGCUGAGAAAUGUUAUGAUGAUGUGGGAGGAGUGCUGUGGAUGUGCCCCAGCAUUUUGUUGCACUGCUGACUCAUUUCUCAGGAUGCUACGCAGGCGGUUCAUUCACGAAGUGAAAGCCAAGUUGCCAGGCCAGGCUGAUACAGUCUUUGCUCAGUUGUUGCAGCAGGUCCAGUCCUGUUCUAUGAUGGUCCCACUAGCAGUGUGCACAACAGAUCUAGUGUCUUUGUUUCAGUUACAUGUCUACCUCAGCCGUUGGAAGGUCACAAACUUUGGCGAGCAUAUCUCUCACAUGUCCAGAGAAGUGUAUUUAGUAUCAUGUCUAGAUUCUCCAAAGAGGAGGAGGGUUCUCAAGAAGCUGAGGGGAAGGAGGAUUUCGAAACUUCAACCAAUGGGACAAACCCUCCAACUCCUGUCCAAGUUACUUACAGAUGAUAGUCACAAGGUUGUGGUUUCAGCAACCUCCUGCCUCUGUAGGGCCUCAGGCUAUAAGUGCUUCAGGUUAAAGGCCCUGGUUCAUUAUACAUGGCUGUUGAAAGACAAUGACAUUCAAGUGCAGCAGCAGGCUUGUCUGGCCCUGAAAUGCUUAAAGGCCCUUGAAAGUGCUGAGCAGGUGGCUGAGCUGUGGCACUCCACAGAUGAAGAGUUAAGGAACACAGCCAGAGAGACCAUUCUUUCAUUCGGGGAAAAAGGCCAUGAAGCCUUCAAGAGAAUGGACCAGAUCUGCACUGAGUUACAAGAGGAAAUUUAUAAAAACCUAAAAACAGAAAUCACAAUCUUCUAGUGAUUGCAUGAAUUUGGCUAAUUAUUUUGCUGAUGAUCAGGAAACAUCAAGAAGAGUAAGCAAUUAUGAAAAAAACUAAUAAAAACAAAAACAAAACAGUGAUAAGCAAAUUCAGAUCCUGCCAGAUAUGGUGUCUGGUUAAAAAAAAUCACUUAAAGGACAUAUACAUUUCAAAGUAAAAAAAAAAAAUAAUAAUAAGUAAGAAAGUACUUUUCUUCACCUCCUUUUAUUCAAUAAUGCAUCUCUAAAUGAAUAUAGACAAUAUGCUGAAUGAAAAAAAAAAUCACUGUUUAAAUGCAGCUGUUUAAGCACUCUGCCACUGGUGGUUGUAUUACUACAUACUACUAGCCUCUAAUUCAUAUAGACACUGCUGUUGAAUUGCUGUUUUCUAGCAAACUACUUUCUGCUGAAAUGCACAGAAAAUCCAAAUAUGUAAUUCAAUUACAGAAUUAAAAAUUCCUGUCAAUCAGUCAUACAGUAUACACUCUAAUCUAGUCCAGAAUUAACAUUUCCUCUUACCGAGUGAGAUAUUACUUUUCUCAAUUCAAAAGAUAAAAUUUCCUCUUCCUUGCAAAAUUCAAUGCAAAAUGGCUGAUACCGAGACCUAUCGGCUAAUAGUCACUGUACAAUCACGCAGUUGAAAAUACAAUGGCAAAACAGUCGACUAUUAGAAGUUUCUUGCUAAAUGCAAGCGAUUUUUAUCAGCCUAAUCGAGAUUGUGAGGAACAUGUUGAAAUCAUGGAGACAUAUGAUCCUAGUCCAGUUUGUGAACCCUUUAGAAUUUUCUACAUAUCUGCAUAAAUAUGACCUGAAACUACAUCAGAUUUUCACACACGUCCUAAUGGUAGACAACAAGAACCCAAUUAAACAAAUGAGACAAAAAUAUUACACUUGGUCAUUUAUUUAUUGAGGAAAAUGAUCCAAUAUUACAUAUCUGUGAGUGGUAAAAGUAUGUGAACCCCUCAAAUUAGCAUUUAAUUUGAAGGUGACAUUAGAGUCAGGUGUCUUCAAUCUGUCACAGCUCAGUCCGAUCAGAACUCAAAUUCCCAAGAUGCAACACUCACUUCUCAUGCACGCAUGCGCUCACCAUCCCCGGAGUUCUGAUCAGACACACCUGGCACCAAUCACACACACACACACACACACGCUCACACUCACUGCUAGUACUUAGGGAAGUCAUUCAGCCAGAAUCUACGCGAAGUAUACGCUCAGUCAUUCGUUUCUCUGCGUUACCAAGCCGGUCUAGUUUGUUUGUUUUCUCGUGAUCCUCUACCUUUGUUUCCGGUUUCGACUACACUCUCUGCCUGACCCCGUUUGUGCUGUUCGCCCGAUCGCUUGACCCUUGCCUGUCCUACGAUUACGUUUCUUGAACUUCCCGAUACGACGCUCUACACCCGCCGCCCGCUCUUGCUUCCGUGCCGAUUCGAGGUUCGUGACACAAUCAAUGCGAUGACGAUCAGCCUGUUUUAUUUAAAGAACAGGGAUCUAUCAAAGUCUGAUAUUCACAUGUUUAUGGAAGAGUAUCAUGGCACAAACAAAGGAGAAUUCUGAAGACCUAGGAAAAAGAGUUCUUGAUGCUUAUCAGGCUUGAAAAGUUUAUAAACCUUUUUUGUAGUGUUUGGACUCCACAGUCAGACAACAGUUACCGGAAAUGUUUAGUUGCAGUUAUUGCUGCACAAGGAGGUCACACCGAAUACUGAAAGCAAAGUUUCACAUACUUUGUUUUUUCUCCCAUUUUUUGGAAAUAUUGGAAAAUUUUCCUCAAUAAAUGACAAAGUAUAAUACUUCUGUCUCAUUUGUUUAAUUGGGUUCUUGUUGUCUACUUUUAGGAUUUCUUAGGAAAAUCUGAUGUUUUAGGUCAUAGUUAUGCAGAUAUAUAGAAAAUUGUAAAGGGUUCACAAACUUUCAAGUGAUGCUGUACAGUAUGUCAUAGAUUUGAGAAAAUGUGUUGCAAGGUAAUGUUCAGGUGCUUCUUUAAAUACAUUUAAAUCUAGUUAAAAGGAAGAUAAAAUGUUAUUAGCAGUUGUCAAAGCAAUAUUUUUUUUGUUAGCAGAAAGUUCUUUUGUUCUGGGAUGUUUGUGUUCAUAGGCCUGUUGACUAUUUUAUUUAAGUUUAUUUAAGUGUUGACUGUUUGAAAAAAAAAAAGUUAAUUAAAUGCUAGUUUUACUUGAUGCCAUCACUCUUAUAUAGCCCAAAAUCUCAAUGUUUGUUUGUUUUUUUUUGUCAGCAGAAGUAAUUAACAUAUGACCGGAAUUACAGUAUAUUGGUAAACUGAAUCGUUCCUGGACACUGUGACCAGCACCAAAAAUUCAGAGUGGAAACUCUGAUACACUGCUACAAACAGAACAGAUGAUUUUUUUUUUUUUUUUUUUUUUUUUUUUUUUUUUUUAAUUUCUGCAAGCUGUCAACUUCAAUCUUGUCUAUUACUUGUGAUUAAAAUACAUUUGGAUUAAGUUACAAUUAUAUAAACAUGCAAAAAAAUAUAUAAAUCCUUUGGCUCAAUUUAAAAAAAGUGUGUCAAAAGGGCUUUCAAAAAGUGACAUAAAUAAUCAAGUACAUAAGUAAGAAGAUUUUUGCCUUCAUCUAUGGAGUCAAGGUGUGACAGUGGUUUGGGACAAUAGAUUUUGGUGGAGCAGGACAGCAUAGUCUGAAACAAAAUUAUUUGAAGAGGCUAUCACUCUAAAUGUAUGCUAUUGGCUACUAUCUAGUGAAUUUUUCAAGUAACCCUGUAAUAGACCAUUGAGAGUCGACAGCAUAAAGUAUAGCAGCUCGAUUUGAGCCGUUUUAGAUGUACAUUUGUGCACAUGUGCUUCAUAUAGUAGGUGUGUGUCCCAUCACAAUGUGCAAGGCAUACACAUUUACCAGGCACAUACAUGGAACAGCUAUUUACAUUUGGCUGUGACACCCACAAAACUUUAUAAAAAGUAAAACAAAAAAAUACUUUACCAGAGGUAGAAAUGUGAACGCUAUUUUGACAAAUUUUUAUGCUAAUAAAAAUAUAUACAUUAUACAACAGCUGUUGUAUGUCAGUCAGUCUGUGCGUUGCAUGGCAACACGCAAAGCUCUAUCCAGCUGUGGGAGCUAUUUUUGUUGACGGAGCAAAAAUAAACAAAAUAUUUGGCCAUAUUGUGCCUGAAAUGUCAGUUACUCUAUAUUAAUUUCUUAUUCAAAGUCAUCAAUAAGGUGAGAACCAGACCUGUUAUACACCCAAAUAUUCUGUUAAAUGUAACGGUCGCAUCAUUGAUGUCAUGAUUCGAGUUCCAUGUCUGAGUACACAGUAUGGAGCGAUCACACUAGUCCAACGAACUAGACUUUGGGGGUCAAAUAUGCUCGGGCACAAUACAGAUCACCUAGUGUGAUUACAUAGUCAGUACACCUACUGCCCCACUCAACAGAGGAUGCCUGCUAUCUCUGACCCAAUUGGGCAAAAGAACAAGUAUGGAAGAAUGCUGUUUAUAGACUUCAGUUCAGCAUUUAACACAAUCGUCCCACAACAACUGAUAAAGCUGAGCCUGCUGGGUCUGACCAACUCCCUCUGCAACUGGAUCCUAUACUUUCUGACUGGCAGACCACUGUCCAUCAGGUCAGUAACUUCACCUCCAACACCACCACACUGAACACUGGUCCCCCCCCCAGGGUCUGUGUGCUCAGUCCACUGCUGUUUACCCUGAUGACUCAUGACUGCUGCAAAAUAUUUCUAACCAUGCUAGCACCAGCCAGCCAACUAGUACUACAGAAGGAAGCAGCUCUGUUAGUGAAGAGAGUGCAAUCACCAUAUCUGAGGAUAAGGUUUAGAGGGCUCUGAAGCAUGUGAACAUCAGGAAAGUGGCCAGCCUUGACAGCAUUUCUGGCCAUGUACUAAGAUCCUGUGUUGAUCAGCUUGCAGCUUUAUUCACUUCCAUUUUCAAUGAGUCCCUAGCUAAGUCUGCGGUCCCCACCAACUUUAAAAAUCUGUUGUCAUUCCUGUGCCAAAGAACAAUAAAUGACUAACAAUAAGUUGCCUAAAUGACUAUCGUCCUGUACACAUCUCUGUGGACCUGACCUGAACGCAUCACACUCCAAGCUCAGGUGAACAAACCAGACAAUAGUUGUACCAUCUGAGACUGCUGAGGAAAUUCAGGCUCCUGAAAAUGGGGCUAUAGAAAGUUCACUGACCCUGGUAACUGUCUGUUCAACCUGCUGUAAUCGGGCAAGUGCUUAAAUUGUCUGAUGGGUAAAAUUGAGGCUCAGGAGGAGCUUCUUCCCUCAGGCUAUCAGAUUCCUCAACACAGAUAUGUCCACCACACAGAUCCCUUUAGAAUCCAUAAAGAAUCUGCACUCCACUGACACUCCGCACCCAACACUUUGUGUUGUUACUACACGUAACGUACUUGCAUAUUUCUGUACAAAUAUUUCUUAUUAAUUUCUUAUUUUUAAUUUAGUUAUUUAAAUGCACAGUAGAGAGAGUUAUGGUUUGUAUGUUUCAUCAAACCUAAUCUUGAUAGGUGUAGGUCAAAAGGUCAUCACCAAUCAAAUGUAUCUUGACAGAUGAAGGUUAAAGAUAAAUAAUGUUGUGUGUGUUCCUACAUAUAAAUAAGUCCAAUCUGUUGUGUUUCCACACACCUGUUCCUAUAACACUGAUCAAAAAUGAUAAAAAAAAAAUAAGGUCAUGGGGGUAUGAUUCACGUAUACUUUAAAACCGAAUCUGUUCCCAGGGCCGGAGUGGGACACAUUUUCAGCCCUGGAGUUUCAUGCCUUAGACCGAUCCACUUUAGUUCACGACUGACUAUAUUAAAAUAGUGUAAUUAAAACCUCAGUAUAUAAGUCUGCAAUAGUGCACUGUUCUCUACAGCCUUGUAAUUCAUUGUUUUUUAAAAAAUAUGAUCAUUUCAAAUUCAGUGCAAAUACAGUAGCCCAAGUGUUGUUUCACAGUGAAGAUUUAUUUAACAACAGUAUUCUUUACAACAACACAAUGUAAUGUUUAACAGUAUCAGAAUCUAUUUUCUGUAAAAAAAAAAAAAAAUAAUAAUAAAAAAAUGUGAUAAAUAUGUAAACCUUGAAAUGAAAAAAAUAUCAAAUAAAUACGAACAUAAAAUAAAAAGAAAUAAAUAAUAAAGAAUAAAAUAAAAUGUAUUGCACUUUCUAAUGACACCAUCAUCUCUUUUUCCUUUGCAUAAGUUAAGGAAACAGCUGCUUUACAACUUCAACACAAAUAUGAGAACAUUAGUUAAAGGGUAAAUAUCCAACACUAUUCUUUAAAACAUCACAAUGUCCUUUUCUGCAAUAUCUAAAUAUAUACUCUCUGCAAAAUUUUUCACAGAUAUCCAAUCCUUAAACACAAAUAAAUAAUAAAAACAAGUACUGCACUGUUCUCUGCAAGAAUUCUUUUCACAGUAUAACUUUCUAACGAUGGCUUCAUCAUCAACACCGGCCCUCGCAGCCCAAAAAACAGACCGGACCAGUGACGGUGCUCAGAACAGUCCAGUGCUCCCGAUGAGCCAAUCCGGGCCUGUCUGUUCCUAUAAUGCUGAUAAAUGAUUGUCAAUAGUACAUGUAUACUUUGAAACCGAAUCUGGUGUGUUCCCACACACCUGUUCCCAUAACACUGAUUAAAAAAAGGAAGGUCAUGGGCUAAUGAUUUACAUAUACUUUAAAACUGAAUCUGUUGUGUUCCCACACACCUGUUCCCAUAAUGCUGAUAAAUGAUUGUCAAUAGUACACAUAUACUUUAAAACCGAAUCUGUUGUUUCCACACACUUGUUCCUAUAAAGCUGGUAAAGGUGGGCAAUGCAUUAUUGCCCAUUCUUGUUCUCAACACUGGCGCCCCACGGGGUGUGUACUUAGUGCACUUCUUUAUAUUCUCUAUACAAAUGACUGUCAGAGUCCAGUCACCACCAUUCAUUACUUUAAAUAUGCAGAUGAUACUACCAUUCUUGCAUUGCUUAAUAAGGAAAAUUAUUCUUUUUUGGACUAUCAACACUCAGUAGCACAUUUUAGUACAUGGUGUGAUGAUAACUUUCUCUACCUUAAUAUCGCAAAGACUAAGGAACUGGUUUUUAGCUCUUCCAAAACACUGACCCAUCCUUCCAGUAUUACCAUUAAUGGAGAGAUGGUUGAAAGGGUGGAAGGAUUUCAGAUAUCUGGGCAUUACAUUGGAUAAACAUCUCAACUUCAAUCAGCACACUCUAGGUAUUUACAAGUGCUGUCAACAGAGACUUACAGUUAUUCGUAAACUUAAAUAUCUGUCUGUUCAGGCUAGUCUGCUUCUUCUUCUGUAUCACAGUAUUAUUGAACCGGUUCUUAUGUAUGGUGCCAUUUGUAUUUUCCAUAUGCUAACAGUUACCAAUAAGAACAAACUCUUGAAGAUAACUAAUUUAGAGAGAAAAAUUAUUGGUAUUCCCACCCCCAAUUUAACGGACUGUGUCAGUUCAUAUACGCUCCGGAAGGCACAUAAAAUUUUAAAUGAUCCAGACCACCCACGUUAUCAAUAUUUCAACCCACUUCCUUCUGGCCACAGGUAUAGACUAACCAUGUGCAGAAAGGCCAGCUAUGGUAGGAGUUUUGUUCCUAUGUGUAGCCCACUAGAAAAUGUAUAUAAAUAAAUAUUUAAAACCGAAUUUAAAACAAUAUAGAUUAAUUAAAAAUAAAGCAGAAUGUAAACCACCAUACUUUCAAAUACGUUAUUUGAACCAGUUAAAAUGUUUCAUGUAGAUAAUUUCGACCAAUUAACACCAUUCGACACGUAGAUCCCGCCUUGAUUGACAGGUGACAGCGGGAGAGUUUUUUUUUUUUUGGACUGCGCAGACGGCACACAGCCAAAGCGAGGAGGGAAAAGGAGACAAAAAAAAAAGAAAAAGAAAAAGCCUAAAUUAUAAUUAUAUAUUAUAAUUAACUGUUGGAAAGAGUGAAACCAAAAGUCGAAACAAUACUACUGCCAGUUGGAGUGCUGAGGAACUUCGGUUUGUAGUUUUAUCCGACGUGAAACUUGGUGAGUUAGGUGUUGAGUGCUAUGCUAACCUAAUACAGCUAUGACGCAGCAUGUUGCAUUACUUGGUUAUUUUCUUCUCUUUCAAUUUGCCAUGUAAAUAAUGUGUCAAUUCGAAUUUAAUUCCAAAAGUGUUUUAAGUCACAUUACUUCUGAGUUAUUAAAUUGUUAAAUUGCAUUGUAUAAAUGUGAGCUGUAUUCAGUUAUGUCAAGUGUUGGUUGUUAACGUGUUUCAAUGCACGUAGCUUUUCCUCCAUUUUGUUUGAGUUGUGUAAAAAACAGACAUGUUAAAUACAAAAGGCAUUUUAUUUUAAUUGUAUAAAAAGGAUACUGGCUGCAAUUUAUAAUUUAAAAUACUUAAACCGUGGUGUGUAAUAUGUAUAAGUUUUGUACAUACAUUUCAUUUUGUUUUAUUCUGACACUGUUUAUACAGGUCAGGUUUUUUUUAUUCCAUGGGAAGAAGCUUUACAACAAUUUUUCAACAGUUUGAUGGUGAGCCACCCAACCAGAACCACUGUGUCUUGAAGGACGGUAUUUUUAUUUUAUAUUAUUUUGGUUUUUCUGCAAAGGACUACAAAUGAAAAUACUCUAGAGGAGUGCCUUCAUUCAGAGUAAAAAAAUAGCAGAGACAUUGAAAAAGACAUUUUAAUUCUGGAUGUGAUUUUUAUUUUAUUUAAGUUUUGUUAUAUUCCGUGUAUGUAUAUAUUUUAUCUUGGGCUUAAAUUAGAGGGUGCACCCUAGGGUGUUAUGUAUGUAUUGUACAUGUUUACAUUUAUUAAUUUAGCAGACGCUUUUAUCCAAAGCGACUUAGAAAUGAGAAAAUACAAGCAAAGCGAUAUGUCAAGCAGAGAACAAUACAAGUAGUGCUAACCUGCGUGAAGUUGCCCCCCCCCACCAUCGCAAAACGUCAGCAAAAUAUUCUCAGUCGUUUGUGCUUCGUUUGUGCUGCUUUCGUUUUUAAUAUAUUAGGCAUUUAAUUUUGGUGUGGUGACGUCACCAGCCCCACACAUGCUCCAAGUUCAUUCAAAAUAGUCUCAAUUGUUUGUGCUUCGUUUGUGCUGGUUUGUGAAGUAAAAAUUUUCAUUUGUGCUGCUUCGGUUCAGGAGAUAUUAAAAAAAUAUUUAAAGGUCAUUCUGGGGUCACUCAUCCCCCUCACAUGCUCCAAAUUAACCCAAAAUAGUCUCAAUUGUUUGUGCUUCGUUUGUGCUGUAAAAAAAUUCGUUUGUGCUGCUUCCGUUUAGGCAUUUAAUUAUGCAUUAAAUUAGGCAUUUAAUUAUGUUGCGGUGACGUCACCAGCCCCACACAUGCUCCAAGUUCACUCCAAAUAGGCUCGUUUGUUUGUGCUGGUUUGUGCCAAUAAGCGCUUCGUUUGUGCUGCUUCGGUUCUGGAGAUAUUAAAAGAAUAUUCAAAAGUCAUUCUGGGGUCACCCAGCCCCCCCACAUGCUCCAAAUUAAUCCGAAAUAGUCUCAAUCGUUUGUGCUGGUUUGUGCCGAUAAAAGUUUCGUUUGUGCUGCUUUCGUUUUUAAUAUAUUACAGAAUUAUAGGCGCAAGUCUCCUCUGUGUGAGCACACUUUUAGAGUCGAACUGCCGAAGACUUUUCAAGAAAAAUCAUAUCAUUUGUUCAAUAAACAAUUCUCUUUACUUCA